ACAUCAUUUCUUGGGUUACAAACUGAUUCACAAUUGUAUAGCAUUAGCUACUGGUUGCCAACUUUCACUUAAGCCACAUAAAACAUUUUGUAGAUAGCUAGUGGUAGCGCAGUAAUGUUAUGAGGGUGAUGAUGAUGGUCGAUUUUACGGGCUGACAUUAUUGUUGGGUUGAGUUGUGGUUUUAGACGGGAGAGGGACACAUAUAUUGUUGGCUAAAUUGAAGAACCCAAAUUAGCUAGCUAUUGUGCUAACCCAGGGGGAAACAACAAUGCCAGAAGCGAACUGGCUUCUAACUAGCUAGCCAAGCGAAUGUUAGCUAGCUAGUACAGUAAAUGACCUAGUUAACGUGUGUUUACUCCGACAUUUAGCUACGCUAUCGUAGCUAGCUAACGUUAGCUAAGGGUUAACCAGAGUACCGUUAGCUAGCUAACUAACAGUUAGCUGGAGACUUGGUCUCAGGUUGCAAGUACAUUAUAUCUAGCUACAUUAACGUUAGUUACCCAGAUCUAGCUAAAGUUAGUUAUCGUUAGCUUGCUAGUCUAGCGUCUAGUUAAACUGCAGCAACACAGGCUACACGUUAGCUGCUAGGUAAUUUUAUUUCGGGAACGACAACUUCAUUCAGGAAGGCAAACAAGACAGACCCCUAUCUGGGAUUUCACCGAUUUGCUUCCAUCUGUUAAACUGAGGAUUCACAAAACCUGGUGGCUGGUGAAGGUGUGACGUCCUCGCCCAGUGCUAUUCAUCGAGGAGCUGAGAUCUGAUUGAUCCGUUUGGGUUGCGGCCGGCGGGCUGGCUCCUCCCCCUCCCGGCAGCAGCGUGCGCUCCCAACCGCCCGCCCUGCGCCCCCCAGCCCGCGCCCCUGCCACCCCCACCAGGUCCUCUCACGCCAUGUGCCUCUCCCACACCAUGGAAGGAGCAUCAGGGAAGAACGGAGCGAGCCAGGCAGGGUUAGGACUGGGGGUGUCUCUAGAACCCUUCGUACACCAGGUGGGAGGACACACCAGUAUGAUGCGCUACGACGACCACACGGUGUGUAAACCACUCAUCACCCGGGAGCAACGCUUCUACGAGUCGCUACCGCCUGAGAUGAAGGAGUUUACACCAGAGUACAAAGGCAUGGUGUUGGUAUGUUUCGAGGGGGACAUAGACGGCUACAUCAACCUGGUGGCGUACCCGUACGUGGAGAGUGAGGGCCUGGACCACGAGGACCUACCGGAGAGGGACCAACCACGAAGGAAACACUCCCGACGGAGCCUCCACCGCUCCACCUCCGAGAUCAAGGAGGAGAGGCUACCACACGAGAGUGACAGCACUGAGAAUCUCCAGGAACUGAAGAGUCCUCGUCUAGAGCUCCAGAUCUACAGUGAUAUUCCCUUCCAGAUGCUGGAUAAUAACAGCGGCCUGGGCUCAGAGAAGAUCAGCCACAACCCCUGGAGUCUCCGCUGUCACAGGCAGCAGCUCAGUCGCAUGAGAUCAGAGUCCAAGGACAGGAAGCUCUACAAGUUCCUGCUCCUUGAGAACGUGGUCCACCACUUCAGCUACCCGUGCAUCCUGGACCUGAAGAUGGGCACGCGGCAGCACGGGGACGACGCCUCGGAGGAGAAGGCAGCCAGGCAGAUGAAGAAGUGUGAGCAGAGCACCUCCGCCACCCUGGGCGUGCGAGUCUGUGGAAUGCAGGUGUACCAGAUGGAUACGGGCCACUAUCUGUGCAGGAACAAGUACUACGGCCGCAGCCUGUCCAUCGAGGGUUUCCGCCACGCCCUCCACCAAUACCUGCACAACGGGGCGUCGCUCAGGAAGGACCUGUUUGAGCCCAUGCUGUGUAAACUACGCAACCUGAAGGCCGUUCUGGAGAGACAGACCACCUACCGCUUCUACUCAUCCUCCCUGCUCAUCAUCUAUGAGGGGAAGGAGCCUGAGCUGGCCCACGUCUGGCAGAAAGCACCACGGCUUGUACCACAGCCAGCCUCUGAGAUGCCCUCCGAGAAGGAGGAGGUGGUGCUGGUCAAACCAGGAGUAGGAAUGAGUGUCCAGGGACCGGGGUUACUAUUGGGUCUCCAAACGGUCCAGAGACCGACCGAAGAACCCCUCCAGCUCCCGCAGUCUCUCCUACCACCACCACACUGCCCCACCACCCCUCCACAGCCACAGCAGCCUCCCUCGGACCCUCACGGCCCACCUCGUCCUCAAACCCGCCCCUCCAGCCCUAGCAUCAGUGUGGACGUCCGCAUGAUAGACUUUGCCCACAGCACCUUCAAAGGUUUCCGUGACGACCAGACGGUGCACGACGGGCCGGACCGAGGCUACGUGUUUGGAUUGGAGAGCCUCAUCAAGAUCCUGGAGGGCAUAAAGGAGGAGAACCUGUAGCGGUAGAACCUGUAGCGGUAGAACCUGGGACUGACACAUUGGAUCUGUCUCAAAGGGUAUUCCCUAUUCCCUUUAUAGUGCACUACUUUUGACCAGGGCCCACAUGGCUCUUUGACCAGGGCCCACAUGGCUCUUU